CAGCUGACUGUCCGUGCUGGGACACUGGUUGGUUCAGUCAGUGGGGUAAAGGUGACUGGAGGAGUCCCCGUGUUGACAAUAUCGAGUUGAAACAAGAGACUCAGCGCCUCGAUAUUUCAGCUGUGCGCGGAUGCAAUUACUCCAAGACCUCAUAUGAAGAAGAAGGGAGACGAGAUGGCUAACCAUUUGUCAGAAUCUUCACCAGAGCGGACCUUCCAGUACCAAAACACCCUGCCGCCCCUGCCUGUCCCGUCGUUAGAAAGUAGCCUGUCCAAGUACCUGGAUGCAGUUCGUCCGUUUGCAUCCGAGGAAGAGUUUAAAGCUACGGUGGACAUUGUGAGAAAAUUCCAACAGGGUGCUGGCAAAGAUCUGCACCAGAAACUGCUGCAAAGAGCCAGAACGAGGAGGAACUGGCUGGAAGACUGGUGGUUAGAUGCGGCGUACCUGGAGCUCCGCAUCCCCUCUCAGCUGAAUGUGAACUUUGCCGGGCCGGCGCCGUAUCUAGAGCACUGCUGGCCGCCUGCGGAGGGAACUGAACUGCAAAGGGCCAGUGUUAGCACGUGGCACACCCUACAGUAUUGGAACAUGAUCCACACUGAGAGACUGGCUCCCCAGAAAGCUGGUAAAACUGUCCUGGAUAUGGACCAGUUCAGAAUGCUCUUCUGCACUAGCAAAGUCCCCGGAGUAAAGAAGGACACCAUUCACAACUACUUCAAGACAGAGCGUGAGGGUCCCUGCCCCUCCCACUUGGUAGUGAUGUGUCGUGGACGGAUAUUCACAUUUGAUGCACUUUAUGACGGACAAAUCCUCACUCCUCCAGAACUUCUCAGGCAACUGAGCUAUGUGAAAGAGCGCUGUGACAGAGAACCAGAGGGAGAUGGAGUGGGCGCGCUCACCACUGAGGAGAGGACCCGCUGGGCAAAAGCCAGAGAGCAUCUAAUAAGUAUCGAUCCUCACAACAAGACGAUCCUGGAAACCAUUCAGAGCAGCCUGUUCGUCAUAUCCCUGGAUGGCACAAAACCCUACUCUUCUCCAGAGAACUACACAAAUAUGACUUUGGAAGCCCUUACAGGCGACCCAACCAUCCGCUGGGGCGACAAAUCGUACAAUUCAAUCGUGUUCGCAGACGGCACCUUCGGCUCCACUUGUGAUCAUGCACCUUAUGAUGCCAUGGUGCUGGUGUCUUUGUGCUGGUACGUGGACCAGCAGCUCAAAGCCACUGAAGGCAAAUGGAAGGGCACAGACGUAAUCAGACCAGUACCACUUCCUGAGGAGCUGGUGUUUACUGUGGAUGAAAAAGCCUGUAGUGAUAUUAGCCACGCUAAGCAGCAGUACAUGGAAGCGAUACAGGACCUCCAGCUCGUGUGUUACGCCUUCACAGCGUUUGGGAAAGUGGCCAUCAAACAGAGGAAGCUGCAUCCCGACACAUUCGUUCAGCUGGCGAUGCAGUUAGCCUACUACAGACUGCACAAACGGCCAGGAAGUUGUUACGAGACAGCAAUGACGCGCAAGUUCUACCACGGCAGGACUGAGACGAUGCGACCCUGCACCCAGGAGGCUGUGAACUGGUGUAAAGCCAUGACGGACCCCACUUGUGAUGCUAGUUCCAAGAGGAAAGCCAUGCUGCAGGCCUUCAGCAAACACAACACCCUGAUGGCUGAUGCUCAGGAGGGAAAAGGUUUUGACCGGCAUCUUUUUGGGUUGUAUCUUAUCGCUAAAGAGGAGGGACGUCCCACUCCAGAACUGUACAUGGAUCCCCUCUACUCAAGGAGUGGUGGUGGGGGUAACUUUGUGCUGUCGUCCAGUCUGGUGGGCUACACUACAGUUCUGGGCGCGGUGGCUCCCAUGGUGCCUCAUGGCUACGGCUUCUUUUACCGGAUCAGGGAUGACAGGAUUGUGAUCUCCAUCUCAUCAUGGAAGUCGAGCCGUCAGACAGACCCUCCGUCACUCUUUAAUAACUUCAGCAGCUCCAUGCACGAGAUGCUCCACCUGGCCACCACAUCUCAGCUCUAAGAGAAGAACACAAGUUAAUUCAAACUUUGACCUCUUCACAUAGUUAUUAGAUGUAAUAAUGUGCGGGUAUUAAUGCACACGUUGUUACUCUGGAAUUAAUAGUAACAGCUAGAUCAGCACAAAUCAAUGCAAUACUACAACUGUGUGUGUGUGGAAAGGUGAUCUCCACUAGUUAACAUUUCUUUUAGUCAUGAAUAAGCUUCUCUUGUGGAAAUUUUUAUGACUGUAGCCUGACUUUUAUUGAGGCUAUUUAAUUUUCAAAUCCCGUCUGCAUGAAUUCUGAGGUUUGAGUUACACUAAUGCGUAAUGACUGAACAGAAGCUGAGAUUCCCUCGAGGAAGAGACUGCAGAUCUCAGUUUUAGGUCUUAAAGGGCAUUCCAACUAAAAAUCUACACUCACAAUCAUGUUAAUAAAAGUAGUUGCUUAAUCAAAUAUGUUUAAACACGAUGUCCUUAGUGUUGGGUUUGACUUUUGUCUAUGGUCAGAGCAGUGAGGUCACAGAAUGAAACCUUUCUAACUGGAGAAGAACUGAAGGUGGUCGUAAAAAAUGUGAAAUGCUGCCUCUAGAUCCAGCACCGUUGUUUGGUGCUUUGUCUUUAGCGAUACAUCAAAUCAAAUUAUAGCUUAAUGACGGCAUUUUUUAUAGCAGCAGUUUCAUCAGUGUCUUUAAACGUCCUUAACACUGAAGUUAGUCAUGCAGCAAAUGUCUCUGUAAAUAGAUCCUUCCACAAUUCCACACAAUGAGCUGUAGCUGUUGUGUCACUGUUAACUCUCUCUGGUUGGUGCCUUUUCUUCAGGGUUGCACGUCCAUAUUCUGACUUUCUCCAGAAUAGCUGACUCUACCUUUAAUGAGUUUAACGUAUAAAAACUAAGGGAAUGUACUGUUUAUCGAAGUACUCCUCACACAGUACGACUUUAGUACCUACACAAAGAUACUGUUGUUUGUUGCAUUCUUGUUUUAUGCAAAACCUUCCUGUCUUGGUCACAGCACUUAAGUUCUGCACACUAUGUAGUUUUCUUUUUUCAUGUCUGUCAAGGUAAAGACUCACGAAUGUUCAUAUACAAACUGUGACUGUUUAAUUGCUUGCAUUUGAAGCCUUACACUGAAUGUGAUCUUAUAGAUUUUAUAUGAUUGUACUGUUUUUAAGUCUGGGCACACACACAUUCACUGUGUGUCAUGUUGGAAACUUAGUGUACUAUGAAGGGUCUGAAAUAAAGUAUUUCAACAUGCUUGA